AAACCGGAAGUCACACUGUCCACCUGUCUGACUUGAUCACCUGUCAUGACAGAGGAGUCUCAUCUUCACCACUGAAGUCAUCACCGGGGAUUCCUUGUUAUUGGACCCAGUCUGUACACAGGUGCAGAUCAGACGGACCCUCACCGCCUCGGCUCUGGUACCCGGCGCCAUGUUGAAGGGGACUCGGUCUGAGACUCGGGGGGAGACUCGGGGGGACCCCGUGGUCCUGGAUGCUGCGGCUAUGAGGCAGCAGAGGAGGCUGAAGCAGGCGAUCCAGUUCCUCCAUAAGGACUCUGCUGAUCUGCUCCCUUUGGAUGGACUGAAGAAGCUCGGGACAUCUAAACAGGGGCAGCCACAUCACAUCAUCCAGAAGCGCCUGCUGGAGUCCAAGCUGACCAGAGGAAGGAUGAACAUGUGUGGAGAGACUCAGAACAGUGGAGUCCUUCUGAACUGUAGUCAUUUACAUUCAUAUGAGGAUGAGGAAGAAGAGGAGGAAGAUUUGAUUUAUGUUCCCUGCACGUGUUUAGGACAGGAGGUGAACAUGCUGAUCGACACCGGCUGCAAGCUGAACUUGAUGUCUUCACUGACUGUAGAGAGAUCAGGUUGGAAAGAGCUGGUUGAAGAGAACAAAAUGGAGACGGAUGGUUUUCCGUUUCAGCGGAAGCUUUGCAUCGACGGACAAAUCAGAGAACUCAGCCUCUACAUCGGACAGCUCAGGAUAAUGUGCUCCUUUGUUGUAGUGGAAAGUAACCAACCUCUGAUGUCUCUGGGCUACAAGACAUUAAAGGCACUCAAGACUGUGAUCGACACAGAGAAGCAGAUGUUGGUGUUUGGGACAAAUAUGAGGGAGCAGGUUCAGUUUGCCAAAACGCCAAACAAUGAAAGUUCCCACAACUUCAGUGACCUGUGACUCAGCUUCCCUGACCUCCAACACACACACACACAUGGUGACCAAAAGCAAUACAACAAUCCACACUUAUACAACUACAGACCUUUUUUGAGACGUCUUGAUUUCUCACCUCAGAACCUCUCACUUUCUCCCGGUCUGAAAACACACACUGAUUUUAAAUAAAGAUGGUGUUUUGCACAGCAGCAUUUCACACCCACACACACACAAAAACAGUCCCUUUGUGUAGCAGUGAGUAGCAUUGAUGUAGCAGUAGCUGUCACUACAGUGGUUCGUUUGCACAGCUGAAAACAAAGUAUUAAACCAACUAGUGGUAGCCUCCUGUAGAUUUUGAGAUUCUGAUAGAAUUGUGACUUCUAGCUCUUGUAGAAACCUACAUAUUGUUCUGAUUCAGAUAUAUUAUUCUAUGAGUAUAUUUAUAGCUUGAAGAGGCUGUUGGAGAAAAGAGGAUUGUGCAGAAGGGGAGUUUAAAAGUUAAGCACAAGUUGUUGUAUUCAGAGCAAUGGUAUUUUGUAUUAUUGUAAAUGUCUUUUGUAGUUGAAAACAUGUAUUUGCAUUGAGGUCACUGCCUUGUAAUGUUUACAAAAAGAUAACAACACGUGUGAUAUGUUUUAUCACUCUACUGUAGCAAAGGUGCAGCACUCGAUAUAAGAAUAAAAUCCUACAUGCUGUGA